ACCGGCACCGGGACCUGCUCCGGGCACCGGCGCGGGGAGGGCGGCGCCGCGCUGGACCGUCUAUAUAAUUGCUGAGGCUCUGUAAAAUGGCUUUACGCUUCCGCAAUGUUAUCCCGUAUGCCAUACCUGGAGUGCUGGCACUUCUUGGCUGCUGGUGGAUCUAUUCCCAUAGAAAAAAGCAUGCAAGCUAUCACAACAAACAAGCAAUAGCCAUUGAAGAAGAGCAGCAGGAAGAAGUGCCAGAGAAUGAUUCAUCACCCAAAACAGAAGCAUGUGUUCCUCAAAGACUGCCUCUCUCGUCGGAAGAGGAAUGCCCAGAGAAUGAAACCUCAACCUCCCUGCUGUCAGCAGGGUCGACGACGCCCUCUCUUCUGUGUCAGACUCAUGAGAGGCUAGAUCUCUCACAGAACCUUCCAGACCUGCCAGUAACGACAAUUCAGCCCAGCACCCUUGAGGACGACAGUGAAAAACUAGAAACAAUAGGAUCUCAAGAUGAAAGCAGUGUCCCUGCCUGUGUUUCUCUCUCUCUGACCUCAAAGAGCACGGAGUGUCACGGCAGUGCUACAGUGAGCCUUAUACAGGAUUCAAGCGCUAGUGCAAAUCAAGAUCAGUGGCCAGCAGCAUCAAUGACACUGACACAAGAGCCUUUGGGAAUCACGGACGAGAUCAGAAAUGCAGAGCAGCCAGAUGAUUCUUCAUUUAAGCCCCCUAAGGAAAGCCAGAUGUCAGAAAUUGUGCUAUCGGAUACUGGCUCUGUGACAGCCCUUUGCUUGGGAUUGGAGAAGGAAGCCAAUACCCCACAAGCCUUUCUCAAUAAUGAAGUUGAAGUUGUAUCAAGUCACAAGGAUUCUGCAGUGAGCGUGUUACCAGAUACUUUGGAGUCUGCCUGUUUGGAGCAGUCCAGGGAAGAAGAGAUGUCUGAGUCAAUUGCCAAUACUGUACCUGUGUGUCAGGAGGAGGACACACAGCCAAAAGGAGAUGAAUUGGAAAGAGAGAAGACUGGAGGAGUGAGUUUGGACAAGGAAGAAGCUGAGAAAAUUGAGCAAGUAGCAAUACAGAUCAUUUCCAAGGUCAUUUUGGCAGCAACUGAGGAAGUGCUGUCUGGUUCUGCAAGUGGUGUGUCCACUUGGAUCUGCCAGGCUGCUGCCAGCCAAGUUGAGACACCUCUGGAGAUGGCAAGUGUUGUUUCCUCUGAUCAGAUGCUUGCAGAGGAAACUACGGUAGCUGAUGAGAACAUUGGUGAUGCUGCGGUACUGACAUCCCCGCAGGCAGAGGAACAGGAUCAGAGUGUGACAGAUUCCAGCUGUUUAACACACGGCCGUUUAUCCGGCCCUGUUCAGGGAGACAGAAAAGACUGUUGGAUGAAGAACCGUGUGUGCAGUGAGGAAGUGCUGUCUGGUGCUGCAAGUGGUGUGUCCACUUGGAUCUGCCAGACUGCUGCCAGCCGAGUUGAGACACCUCUGGAGAUGGCAAGUGUUGUUUCCUCUGAUCAGAUGCUUGCAGAGGAAACUACGGUAGCUGAUGAGAACAUUGCUGCAAAGGGUGAUGCUGCGGUACUGACAUCCCCGCAGGCAGAGGAACAGGAUCAGAGUGUGACAGAUUCCAGCUGUUUAACACACGGCCGUUUAUCCGGCCCUGUUCAGGGAGAUGCAAAAGACCGUUGGGUGAAGAACCGUGUGUGCGGUGAGGAAGUGCUGUCUGGUGCUGCAAGUGGUGUGUCCACUUGGAUCUGCCAGGCCGCUGCCAGCCGAGUUGAGAGACCUCUGGAGAUGGCAAGUGUUGUUUCCUCUGAUCAGAUGCUUGCAGAGGAAACUACAGUAGCCGAUGCGAAUGUUGCUGCGAAGGGUGAUGCUGCGGUACUGACAUCCCCGCAGGCAGAGGAACAGGAUCAGAGUGUGACAGAUUCCAGCUGUUUAACACACAGCUAUUUAUCCGGCCCUGUUCGGGGAGACAGAAAAGACUGUUGGAUGAAGAACCGUGUGUGCAGUGAAUCCCAAGGUGUUGAUCGGACUCCUGUGGAAAACCAUGGAGGGUCACUGGAAAAGUCACCUUUGGUUAUGGAGGACUCUGGGUGCAGCACAUACGCAUCUGAAGGUGGGGCAAGUGUGGAGGACCCAUUGCAGAACACAACGCUGUCUGUCGCAUCAGGCCAGCAUUCGGACUCACUGAGCAUAUCUGCAACCCAAGACAUGUCUGCUGAGCAGAGCUCAGUACUAGGUGAAAAACCUGCUACUCUGAAGCUACCUGAAGACAUCAAAGUGCCCUACAGUAAUGGGAUACUGAAAGAGGGUGGUCCAGGCUUGCAUCAUGAGUGUAGCAGGGCAGCAGGGAUGGAUGGAGAUCAUUCAGGAGGUUCGGAUGUAAAUAGCAUGGAUUUUGUGGACAGUGGCUGUGCCAUGAGGAAGACAGUGAGUCGCCAGAACUCUAAGCUAGGAGGAGAAUCCAGCAAGUCUGACUUCGUUAUCUGGGAAAUAGAGGUCCCAAAGGAAUUAGUUGGCCGCUUGAUCGGCAAACAAGGAAGAUACAUGAGCUUCUUGAGGCAAGCGUCUGGUGCUAAAAUUUAUGUCUCAACACUACCUUAUUUCCGUGACUCCCAAGUCUGUCACAUCGAAGGCUCCCCACAUCAAGUAGAAAAAGUACUGAGCCUGAUUGGCAAGAAGUUCAAAGAGCUGUGUCUCACCAACAUCUACGCUCUACCUCCACCAACACCAUUGACACUUCAUUCCCUCCUUAUGACUGCCUGGCUGUUUCUCCCAGACGGAGUCACUGUAGAGGUGGUCGUGGCAAACCAAGUCGAUGCAGGGCACAUGUUUCUACAGCAGCAUACACACCCCACUUUCCAUGUCCUGCGUAGCCUUGACCAGCAGAUGUAUGCCUGCUAUUCUCAGCCUGAAAUUCCUACCCUGCCAACUCCAGUAGAAGUUGGUAUUAUCUGUGCGGCUCCAGGCCUGGAUGGAGCAUGGUUACGGGCUCAAGUUAUUAGCUACUUCGAAGAGACCAGUGAAGUGGAGCUCAGAUACGUGGACUAUGGAGGAUAUGACAAAGUGAAGAUCGACACACUCAGACAAAUCAGGUCUGAUUUUUUAUCACUACCUUUCCAAGGAGCAGAAGUUUUACUAGACAACGUGGUGCCACUUCCAGAUGAGGAUCACUUUUCAUCUGAAGCUGACGCGGCUGUCAGUGAGAUGACCAGAGGCGCAGUCCUAGUGGCACAGGUCACAAAUUAUGACAGUGCAACAGGUCUGCCACUGAUACAGCUGUGGAACUUGAUGGGAGAUGAGGUGGUGUCAAUAAACAGAACUCUGGUGGAAAGAGGACUUGCUCAGUGGCUUGACUACUAGCAAUGUCCUUGACGCCUCGACAACUUUCUGCAGAGAAACACAAAAGAAGAAAUCUAGUUCUGCACUGUUACAAUUUGGUUUGGCAACCUCUCAUGAGAAGAUCUCUUUACACCUGCGUGCUGAGUUCUGUGGUCCAUUGAAACGCGUUUUGCUCGACUGUUACCAUUUCACUAGAAACACAUACCUCAUCUCAGUGAAAGGCGGGGUGUUAAAAGCCAUAAUGACAGAUACUGUAGCUUUAAAGCAAAAAAUCCUCCCUGCCCUCUACUCAAAAGCGGAAUGGAAAAAACCUUAAAACCUUGGGGCUUGCUUGAAGCUAGCGAAUGCCCCUGAAACCUUAACUGUGGUUGCAUUUUUGUUCAAGAUGUAUAAUGCCCCAUGAACUUAGUGUCUACUUUUCCUAAAAGUUACAUUGGUUGUCCUUUUUUAACAGGCUCUGCCUAUGAAAUUAAUGAAUGUUAUUAAGGAAUUUAAUGUUCAGUUAUGGAUUUUUCUAUAUUGUGCCACUAACCUGCACAAACAACAUUCAUCUUGUGUCUUCCUUGUGCCAGGAGGUAGAUGAAUUGCAUUCGUUGCACUCACUGUGGCACAUGUCUGGCUGCAGUCAUGGUUUUUUGGCUUGAUAUGCUUAAGGAAGAAAGCUGCUCUGUGCAGGUACUUGAAGUGCAGGAUAUGUUACCACUACAAUUUUUGCUCUGAAAUGUCAUGUAUUUAAAGAAAAGAACUGAUUGCCAAGCCCAAUUGUAGUUUAUAUUUUUCUAGCUGUGCAAGUCUGUAAAUAUAUAUAAAAAAAACAUUGUAAUAUUUUGUACAAGAAAAACACUGGAAACAAAGGGAACUUUACAGAAACUUUUUCACACCAAAAUGUCCUAUGUAGGUAGAACUGGUUUGGAGUGCAUUAGGGUAGCCAGCAUAUUUGGAGCGUCUGAAUGUUGGGAGUGUUCCAGCUCUGCUGUAUACAGGAGUAGUAUUCCCUUAGAUUGCUGUCUGGUUUGAAUUGUGAUCACUGCAUUCUUUGCUAUGUUGCUGUACAGAUCUGUUUAAAAAAAAAAAAAAGUAACAAGUUGGCAUUAAUAUUGCAGUGGUGUUCUCUCUCAAUUUUUUUUGCUCCUUUUUAGAUUUCUAUUACAUAUUUAAAAUUUUGCUCAAGUAAUUUAAGCUGACUUAAUACUCUUAAACACAUGCCCUCUAAUGUAUAUCAUUUUAGAUAUGUAUUGAGCUGGGAUUUAUUGCUGGCAGAGAAGAUACUUGCCAGGAAAAUGUUGAUGUAGUCAAUCCUCAGAAGUUUUUUCAGGUGGAUUCAAGGAUGUCCUUACAUCCUAUGAGCUAACAUGUCAGUGCGUCACACAUUUUGAUAGUUGCCUACAAAAGCAUUUGGUCCAAUCCCUUCUGAUAUGGUAUGGUUAUAUCCUUUUUUUUUUGAGUUCUCUCCGAUUUGGCACUUAUGAUUUAAUGUUCAUGUUUGCAAUAACAUCCAAUGAAAACUAAAUUUGGUAACUCAGUUAAAUCUAUAAAACAUAUAUCCUCUUGGAAUGUUUCUUUCCAUUUCAAUUAAAGCUCGAAUUUUAAGCCGUCUUA